GUUUUUGUCUUUGGAAAAUACAGGAAAUCGCGUAGAGAGGGAAAAGUUUAGAGAGGGAGAGAGGAGAAGUGUUUUUUUGCAGGGUUCUCCGAAGUUGAGGUAAGACUUAUCAGAGAUGGGUGUUCCUGCUUUUUAUCGUUGGCUUGCAGAGAAAUAUCCUCUGAUUGUUCAGGAUGUAAUUGAAGAAGAGACUAUGGAGAUCGAUGGUGUUAAGAUACCAGUCGAUACUAGCAAGCCAAACCCUAACAAUAUGGAGUUUGACAACCUCUACCUGGACAUGAAUGGAAUUAUUCACCCCUGCUUUCACCCUGAAGACCGGCCCUCCCCGUCUACUUAUGAUGAGGUUUUCCAAUGCAUGUUUGACUAUAUUGACAGGCUCUUUGUAAUGGUGCGCCCCAGGAAGCUUUUAUACAUGGCUAUUG